UUUUUUGGCUUCCAUCGGUGUGAAAGACAAAGACAUGCCACUCACAAUAAUAUCACCAUACAGAAGAUUAUCAUUGGUGCUCUUUGCAGCGGUUACAAACAAGUAGAAAACAGGCAAGGGCUACACAAACCUAAAAGUUCAGAGCUUUUCAAAUUGAAAACAGGAAAAACAUGCAAAUUGAAACAUUAUCAUAGACUAGUAGACAUUUGCCAACAUAGGUGAUCAGGACACGUGGGCAUAAAUGCACGCAUACUACUCAGAGAUUAAUUAACAGUUGACCAAGAAUCGACCCUUGGGGAACUCCAUGUGAUUUUUUUUUAUUUCUGUUGGAUGCAAAUUGCCCAAAAGAUAUUGGGAUGAUAAGAUGAUAUGCCCAAUAAAAUAGCAUCAUGGAAGUAGGUGGAGUGGGGGGUGGGGCGACAUGAUUCACGAUGGGGGCCCAGAAUAUAUCGCAAAGGCUCUGGCGGCUGAUAUGCAUAACUGUCAUGCAGUGGUGUCAAAACAAAAUUGUUGAUAGCGCUGCUCACUCGUACACGAAGCUGGCAUGUUCUAACGGCUUUCCACGGGCGUGCGUGUUUGUGCAAGUGGGUUGAAGGUCCUCCUCGCUCAAGCUGCGUGCAGUGAGAUGUCACCUCCCUCCGCCCCCCACACCCCGCCCGCCCGCCCGGGUGAUGAUUCGCGAGGAGGAAGAUGCGCGCGCUCACAGCCUUCCGCCGACCUUCGCCUGCUUCACUCGGAAUCACCGACACACCGUUGUGACGCCGCCGCAGCCGGAGCGCCUCGUCGGCUGCACGCCGCGGGACUCCCGGGUGCUUCGCCUGCUUUCCAGCGGCUUCGUUCGCCCCCCCGCCCCCUCCCCCGCCGCAGCCACAGCCGCAGCAGAAGCGCUCCACCAACCCCGAGAGCGAGGCAGAUGCCCGUUGCAGCGCUGUCAGCCCGGCUUCUACUAUGGUGGAGUUCCCGUCCCUAAGCCCUUACUGGCCGCUUCUUCGCUUCUUGGUGCCUCUUGCGAUCACCAAUAUUGCCAUCGACCUCGGCGAGCAGGCGCUCAACAGGGGCAUCGCCACAGUCAAGGAGGACGCGGUAGAGAUGCUGGCCAGCUACGGUCUGGCCUACUCGCUCAUGAAGUUCUUCACGGGCCCCAUGAGCGACUUCAAGAACGUGGGCCUGGUCUUCGUCAACAGCAAGCGCGACCGCCAGAAAGCUGUACUGUGCAUGGCGGCGGCAGGCGCCAUCGCCUUCGUGCUGCACAUCUUGAUAGCCUACACCGACCUGGGCUACUACAUCAUUAACAAGCUCCACCAUGUGGACGAGUCUGUGGGCCACAAAACUCGGAAGGCUUUCCUCUACUUGGCCGCUUUCCCUCUACUGGACGCGAUGGCGUGGAUUCACGCCGGGAUCUUACUCAAGCAUAAGUUCAGUGUCAUCGUGGGCUCCGCCUCCAUCUCGGACGUCGUGGCACAGAUCGUCUUUGUGGCCAUCCUGCUGCACAGUAACCUGGAGUGCGUGGAGCCCCUCCUCAUCCCCAUCCUCUCGCUCUAUAUGGGCGCCUUAGUCCGCUUCAGCAUCGUGGGCCUGGGCUACUACUGCAACAUCCACGACACCAUCCCGGACUCCAGUGGGCCAGAUGUCGGGGGUGACGCCACCGUCAAGAAGAUGCUGAGCUUCUGGUGGCCGCUGGCGCUCAUCCUGGCAACCCAGCGCAUCAGCCGGCCCAUUGUCAACCUCUUCGUGUCCAGAGACCUCAAGGGGACCACUGAAGCUACGGAGGCAGUGGCCGUGCUGACGGCGACAUACCCCGUGGGUCACAUGCCCUACGGCUGGUUAACCGAACUGCGAGCCGUGUAUCCCGCCUUCGACAAGAACAACCCCAGCAACAAGCUGAACGCCGGCACACCCGUGACAAAGUCGCAUAUUAAAAAGUUUACAUUCUGCUGCCUGGCCCUCUCGCUCACGCUUUGCUUCGUGGUCUUCUGGAGCCCGCACGUCUCCGAGAAGAUCCUGGUGGACAUCAUCGGCGUCGAGUACCCCUUCGCUAUGCUCUGUGUGGUGCCCCUUCGCAUUUUCUCCUUCUUCCCGCUACCAGUGACGGUCCGGGCCCACCUAACGGGCUGGCUGAUGACGCUGAAGAAGACGUUCGUGUUGGCGCCCAGCUCGGUGCUGCGCAUCGUCGUCCUCAUCACCAGCCUGGUGGUGCUGCCCUACAUGGGGGUUCACGGGGCCACCCUGGGGGUGGGCUCCCUGCUGGCCGGCUUCAUCGGCGAGUCCACAAUGGUCGCCAUAGCAGCCUGCUAUGUUUACCGACAACAGCGUCACAGCGAGCUGUCCAACGAGCUGGUGGUGGAGGCUGAGGACUCGGCCCCCAUGAGCGAGGUGCGCUCGCGAUCGCCGACGGACGCCGCCGAGGAGCUCGGCGAGGGCAACGAGGACGACGAAGGGCAAGAGUGAGGCCGUUUUUUUCCCCCCCGAAGUUUAUUUUUGUUUGUUUUUAUUUUUCUUCCUGCGGGGAGGGGGGAAGACGAGGGAGAAAGGAAGAAUUCUCCCAACGGCGCCCUCCCCAUCUCCGUGACGACACGCACUGUAAACAAAGCCAUCGGAGCGUCGAUCCAACGAGUGUACAUAGCGUCAUGGCUUCCUUGGUGUUUACCGGUAAACAAAGGAAUGACAAAUGAGGGGACAAAGGCAACGUGCUUCAAUUCAUUUGAAAUCCGCACAAGUCGUGGGACUUUUUGCUGGGUUGUGCAAUUGUGUUUUGACAACAAAAGUGCUGUACAGACCAUCGUUUUCUACAGUGGAUAUUGGACAGAACCGAGGGGUCGGGAAUCCCUCUCCUUCUUCAUCAUCACGCAUUCACUUCCAAGACCUGCUUAUGUUUGGCCAAUCAUCAUCAUCAUCAUCUUCAUGUGCUGUAUAUACUGUACAGACAUUCUUAUUUGGCAAAUACAUUGCUUUAUUAUUAUUA